CCAGUUCUUGGUAGGAUGGCUUCUUACCGUCUGCUCCUCCUUUGCCUCGCUGGACUGGUGUUUGUGUCUGAGGCUGGCCCUGCGGGUGCUGGUGAAUCCAAGUGUCCUCUGAUGGUCAAAGUCCUGGAUGCUGUCCGAGGCAGUCCGGCCGUGAACGUAGGCGUGAAAGUGUUCAAAAAGGCUGCUGAUGGGACUUGGGAGCCCUUUGCCUUGGGGAAAACCAGUGAAUUUGGAGAGCUCCAUGGGCUCACAACAGAUGAGAAAUUUGUAGAAGGCAUAUACAAAGUGGAAUUGGACACCAAAUCCUACUGGAAGGCACUUGGCAUUUCCCCAUUCCAUGAAUAUGCAGAGGUUGUGUUCACAGCCAACGACUCCGGCCGACGCCACUACACCAUCGCUGCCCUGCUUAGCCCCUACUCUUACUCCACCACAGCCCUCGUCAGCAGCCCCAAGGAGGGAGCACUUUGAAGGACAAGGGACAGGCUUGCAUGUAACCAGUAGUAUUCCAUUUUUAUAAGCAGUGUUUUCACUUUAUAAACUAUGUUAGAAACUCGGGCAGAGACAAUAAAACAUUCCUAUUAAA